CUCUUCUUAUAGCUACUGUUCCCUUUUUCAUUUUCUUCUUCUUCAUCAAAUCUCUUUACUUUUGAUCGUUUCUCAAAAAAAAAUCCGAUUUUUAUAUCUGGGUUCUGUUUGAUUUCUUUGAUCAUGGCGGUGGUUGAGAGCGUCGGGGCUAAUACUACGGUGGUUGAAGCUGGUGGUUUGAUCUCGCCGUCGCCGCCGUCUUCCGUCACCAGUCAAGAAUCAGGAGUCUCUUCUAAAAACAACGAUCACGGUGGAAAUGGAAUCAACGGUGGCGAGAUCGGAGUUCACGUGGCGAGAUCCGAUAAAGGAGAGAGCUUUAAACGUGAUAUGAGAGAGCUUCAUGAGCUCUUAUCUAAGCUUAACCCCAUGGCUGAAGAGUUUGUUCCUCCUUCUCUUACUAAACCUGUUGUUAAUGGUUUUAACGGUGGCUACUUCGCCGUUAACAAUGGUUUUGGUGUUGCCGGAAACGGAAACUUCCCCGUUAACGAAGACGGUGGCUUUCGAAGGAAGAAGUCGUUCGGACAACAAGGGAAGAGGAGAAUGAAUCCUAGGACAAGUUUGGCUCAGCGUGAAGAGAUCAUUAGAAGAACUGUCUAUGUUUCUGAUAUUGACCAACAGGUCACUGAGGAGCAACUUGCUGGUUUGUUUAUCGGCUUUGGACAGGUAGUUGACUGUCGUAUUUGUGGUGACCCUAACUCAGUACUUCGGUUUGCUUUCAUUGAGUUCACUGAUGAAGUGGGUGCAAGGGCUGCGCUGAACUUGUCUGGGACUAUGUUGGGUUUCUAUCCUGUGAAGGUUAUGCCUUCCAAAACAGCUAUAGCACCGGUUAAUCCAACAUUCUUGCCGAGGAGUGAAGAUGAACGUGAGAUGUGUGCGAGAACUAUCUACUGCACUAACAUCGACAAGAAGCUCACUCAGGCGGACAUCAAACUCUUUUUUGAGUCUAUGUGUGGAGAAGUGUACCGUCUGAGGCUGCUGGGAGAUUAUCAACAUCCAACUCGCAUCGGUUUCGUGGAGUUUGUCAUGGCGGACAGUGCAAUAGCGGCUCUCAACUGCAGCGGCGUCCUUCUUGGUUCCUUACCAAUAAGGGUGAGUCCAUCGAAGACACCUGUUCGUUCCCGUGCUAUCCCGCGACAUCCAAUGCAUUAACCCGUUUUAGCUACAAGGUUUAUAUAAUAUUUCUGCUCCUCACAGACAUGUAAAGAAUGUUCAAGUCUGAGAAACUUCUUCUGGUCUUUUGUUUUCUCUUUUCCCCCUUAUGUAAUGCUCUGGGAAGCUUGAUGUUGCUUCUGUUGCGUUUUGCUUUUGGGAUCGUUCGGGUAAAUCUCUUAGGGAGAGUUUGUUUUUUUUUUCUUUCUUCGAUUUGGGUUCCUACGUUUAGAAGUUUACACAGAGAGAGCAAGAAGAGUAAAAACACUGAGGCUUCUGAAGAUUUGUCUCUGUUUUUAAUGGGAGCUUUUAGUUAUUUAUAUUUACUUUUUACCCCCUGAAGUUAUUAGAAACUUGCUUUUGUGCUUAA